UCUGAGAUGCUGAAGAUUAAGAGGUUCCUGUCUGUCUCCGUCUUGUGUCGCUCAUUGGGUAUAAAAUCAUGCCUGCCUCUCACACAGCAGUAGAGUUGUGCAGGUGUAUCAGAGACUCCAGUGACAGGUGACCGCAGACAUGGCCAUUCAAAGACUGUGUGGACUUCUCCUUUUAUGCUUUACAUUUAUAGAUGCUAAAGUGAACAUCAUUGCCAGUGACCCUGAUGUAGUGGUCGAGAGUAAUGUUCUACUCUUGUGCAAAGCUGAAGCAGAGGGAGAAAUCAGCUGGUUUAAGGAUGAUGAAGAACUUGAUGAAAAUCAUCACCCAAUUGAGAAAGAGGAUGAAUCAUCAAGUAAACUGAAGCUGACGAACAUCCAGUUGACUGACAGCGGGGUUUAUACUUGCAAAAUUGAAACUGAUCAAGGCACCCGGAGUAGUCAAUACACGAUCUAUGUGUAUCAGGCAAUAAACUUUGGCACCACGAGGACCUAUCAUGAAUUUCUGGUGAACCAGACCGUUAUAAUUCCCUGCGUGGUUUCUGGGAAACCUGAGGUGGAAGUCCAGUGGUAUCGGAACGAUCGCAUCAUUAAUAAUGACGGUAGGAGCGACGGCCUCUCCGCAGGUUCUUCCCAUCAUUCAUGUGGUAGAGGUCAGCUCAAAGUCUUGCCCGAUAGAUCCUUACAGAUUGUGGGAAUUCAACAGGAGGACCGUGGGACCUACAUUUGUGUAGGCAGAAUCAAAGGACGUCCCAUCAACAAAACCCUUCCAAUUUCUGUUGUUGUUAAUGAACCGCCAACUGUGCUGAUUCAUAAAGAAAAAAUGAAUGUUUUUGCUGGACCCAACAACAGUGUGUCUAUAAUCUGCCUGGUGAAAGGACAACCAACUCCAAAUAUCGCAUGGACAACCCCAUCCACCUCUGAUAAGUCACGUUACAACUAUAACUCUGAUAAGAGUGAGCUGACCAUCUCCGGUGUAACCAGGAGUGAUUUUGGAGAGUAUAUCUGCACAGCUACCAAUAAGAUUGGAGACAACAGUGCCACCCUUAUUCUGGACGUCUCAGAGCGUCCAACUGUACUUUUGGAUCCAAGCAGGUUGACCAUCAUUCCUGGCGAAAAUGGAUCUGUGCUGUGCAAUGCCACCGGACAUCCAACACCAACCACGCAGUGGGUCAAAAAGACCAACCAAGUAAAAAUGACUAGUGUGAGGGGAUCGGAGCUGAUUCUUACAAAUGUGACGCCCUCUGAUGGUGGCUUCUACUCCUGCAUAGCCAGCAAUAAAGCCGGCACAACCACAGAGGACUUCCAGCUUAUAACCUGGCCUGGGAUGCCCACUGAGUUCAGCGUGGCUCCAGGACCCUCAUCUUCUGUCCUCAUUCAAAGGGUUAAAGUGCAGGAUGGAGGCACCCCCAUCACCCAUUACAUCAUUCAGUGGAAAAAACCUUCUCAAGACGACUGGACUCAAGUUGAUGUCAAGUCCUCAGAUCCUUUGAUGAUCGAGGGCCUUGAUCCGUACACAGAGUACUCCUUUCGAUUUGCAGCCAAAAACGCUUUCUAUCAGGGCAACUUCUCCACCGAGCAAAAGAUUUUCACACAGUCACAUCGAGAACCUAGCACCCCUGUUCUCUCUCUGAGCGAGAAGAAGUCAGAGAAGAACUCGGUCUCAAUCCCCAUUAAACAGAUAAAUGAUGAAGGUUCACCCACCCUGCACUACGUUGUACGCUACAAAGUGAACAAGGAAAAUGAGGACUGGACAGAGAAACAAAUUCCUGGAAACCUGAGCCAAAUCCAUCUGCAUAAUCUCAAGUACAACUCGGACUAUCAGAUGGAGGUUUUUGCUGUAAACCACAACGGCUCCUCCAGCUCUGCCCAUGUUAACUUCACCAUCCCUCAACCUGUUAGUCAGCCCAGUUUGGGUAAAGGUGGGGUAGUAGGCAUCGUCAUGUUCAUUUUCCUGCUGCUGAUGCUGUCUGUAGAUGCUUUCUGCUGCUACACCAAACACUGCGGCCUGCUUAAUUUCAUAGCUCGGAAACUAUUUGGACACAAAGAGUCCGAGUCUAAAGCCAUGGAUGAGGAGGCGAAUAAUGGAGAUGUGAAAUUGAGUGGGCUUGAACAUCCAAGAGGCAGCAUCCCCAAACUUCAGGCACCCAAAGGGGCAGUGAAUGGCCUUCAUUCAGAGGUUACGUGUGACAAAGCGCCUCUUACCAAAUUCGAGAAAAAACCAGACAUCACUGAUCCAGCUACAGAAGCGUAGACCAAGAGGACCAUCCAAAUCUACCGUGUGAAGAAACUUCACAUUCAUCUCAGGACGUCUUUUGGGCUUCGAGUUGAAGCGUGUCAUUUUUUAUGUUAAAAAAUUUCUCCUGAUGCAGUCUAGAACAAACAAACAAACAUAAGCAAGACGACUUUGAUUCACAAGAACGAGUUUGGACUUUGUGUCAUGUGAUUUAGUUAGAUAUAAUCACACAGUUUGGGUAGACAACCGCUGCUAAUGCAAGUUCAGGCAGAUACUGAAAAUGAGGAAAGCAGCUAUUUCUAAAUUUAAAUUUAGGAAAAAAGUGUUUUAUUACUGAAAUAAUGGGAGCCGGGGCAUUGCUACUGUUAAUGUUUUACGCAUUUAACAUAUGCUUCUAGAAAGUAUUGUAUAUCACUUUGCAUAUAGAGAAAAAACAACAUUUAUAUUACAUUUUUAUAUAAUUUUUAAUUUAUAUUUCAAUUUAUAUUUCAUUUAAAAAAUGCAUCAUUUAUACAUUUUUGAUCUUGAUAUUAUCUGUGGAUGUAAAUACAAUUAGGCGGAUGGCGGAUGGACAUGAUGUAUAUAAACUUAAACAUUUGUGACUUUUACUGUAAAUUGUAUAUAUUUUUUUUGUCAUACUUUGUAUUCAUUGUAAUGUAUACCACAAUAAUGCCUGUAUUCAUUUAUUCUGUGUUGUAAGUAUAUUAAGUGUUUGCUUAAAAGAUUCGUAUUCAUCCCUAGAUGUAUUGAAACAACUACUGAAAUGUGAUUAUUUUGGAUAAAAAUAAAGAAAUACAGUACAGUAUA